AGAAACAAAUUCAAGAGUAUUAUCAAUCUGAAGUGAGCCACUUGUAAUCGCGGGUAGCUUCCAAACUUAUUAAACAAAUUAAAUUGUAAAUAUUCUUUGUCCUACAUGUAAUUAUUAAAUUUGGGAAAUUCGAAGAUAAAACGACAUGUAUAACGUUUAUGUACGACAUAAAACGAUAAAACACGAUAGCCUUUUUUCUACGGCGUUGGCAGGAUAAUGAAAUUCGUAAUGGGCGAAUCUAUAGUAACAACAGUGUUCGUGAUUCAUGUGCAUGGAGCAUAUCGUUGUGACUGAUAUAUUGUGUACCCUAUAUCGGACCAUAGGAUGAAAACUCAAGUUUUCACAAUCUAAAUUCACUAUGCCUCGAGAGACGCUGAGAACGUACCAACAAUCACGUUAACGUGGUAAAAAAAAAAACCAGCGAAAAUUCGUGUGUAUUAUUGAGAUCUGACAGAUUCAUCGUCUUCGUGACAGGAGUGCGUGAAUUCUUUUUCCUUUUCUUUCUUUUCCUUCCGUUUCACCUUUGUUCAACCUCCUUAUCUACAUUUUCCUCUCUCUCGUCUUCGCCUUCUUUCCUUUUUUCUACUCUUUAACCCUUAAGUAUUUUAUCCCCUAUUUUCACCUGCCGGGUGAAAAAAAGAGAGCAUUCUUUACUCUUCUCCAUCCCCCUCUCUCUUUUCUGUCUUUCUCUGAAUCUCUCGUUUUUCUCAACCCCCUCUUCCACGACACAUCGCGUAUAUUUUUCUUUUCUUUUACUUAAAUGUCCACGAUAACAACACAAUUUUCGGCUCUCCUACACAACGUGAACGUGGAUGAGUGAUCGUAUUUUCGUACGAUAGCCGAUCGUCGGCUAUUCCUACCUUGUACAAGAAGUGAAUGCUCUCUACGUUUAACUGGUGUCAAUGUACACACGGUGUAACGUUAUCGUAGCAUCAGGAAGAGAGCAUUUCUAAAAAGAAUCCUCGUCCAGCUAGAAAUUCGACAUGAUGAAGAGCAGUGCUAUGCUUAAGAAAGAAAGCAAAAUGCGCAUACGUGCUUUCCCGACAACUAUGGAUGAAAAGUAUGUAGAAAGUAUUUGGGCUCUACUGAAAAAUGCUAUUCAAGAAAUUCAGAAGAAAAAUAAUUCAGGGCUUAGUUUUGAAGAACUUUAUCGAAAUGCUUAUACUAUGGUUCUUCACAAAUAUGGGGAACGUUUGUAUACAGGUUUAAAGGAAGUUGUAACACAUCAUUUAGAGAAUAAAGUUAGAGAAGAUGUAUUAAGAUCUCUUCACAAUAAUUUUCUUCAAACAUUAAAUCAAGCUUGGAAUGAUCACCAGACAUCUAUGGUGAUGAUCAGAGAUAUUUUAAUGUAUAUGGACAGAGUAUAUGUGCAACAACAUGAUGUGGACAAUGUGUACAAUUUGGGACUUAUCAUAUUUAGAGAUCAGGUGGUCAGAUAUGGAUGUGUUAGAGAUCAUUUACGAGAAACUUUACUAGGUAUGGUAGCAAGAGAAAGAAGGGGAGAAGUUGUAGAUCGUAUUGCAAUAAAAAAUGCCUGUCAAAUGUUAAUGUUACUUGGCAUUAACAGUCGUCAAGUUUAUGAAGAAGAUUUUGAAAGGCCUUUUUUACAACAAAGUGCUGAAUUUUAUAGAAUGGAAUCUCAAAAAUUUUUGGCAGAAAAUAGCGCAUCAGUAUAUAUUAAAAAGGUUGAAGCUAGAAUUUGUGAAGAAUCAGAAAGAGCAAAACAUUAUUUAGAUGAAUCUACUGAACCGCGAAUAGUCGAAGUUGUAGAAGAAGAACUAAUUAAAAUUCAUAUGAAAACUAUUGUUGAGAUGGAAAAUAGUGGUGUAGUACACAUGCUCAAAAAUCAGAAAACCGAAGAUCUCGGUUGCAUGUACAAAUUAUUUUCAAGAGUUUUGGAUGGUUUGCGUACAGUGUGCGAUUGUGUCUCUCAAUUUCUUAAAGAACAAGGGCGUGCCAUGGUUCAAGAAGAACACGAAUCGACAACGAAUGCCGUUCUUUUCAUUCAGAAUUUGCUGGAUUUAAAAGACCGUUUUGAUCAUUUUCUUCAUUAUUCGUUUAACAAUGAUAAGAACUAUAAACAAAUGAUAGCGUCUGACUUUGAAUAUUUUCUUAAUUUAAAUACAAAGAGUCCAGAAUAUCUUUCACUUUUCAUUGAUGACAAGCUGAAAAAAGGUGUUAAAGGGAUGACAGAACAGGAAAUUGAAGGUAUCUUGGAUAAAACUAUGGUUUUAUUUAGAUUUCUUCAGGAAAAAGACGUAUUUGAGCGAUAUUAUAAACAGCAUUUAGCUAAACGCCUUCUCUUAAAUAAAUCUGUGUCUGACGACAGCGAAAAAAACAUGAUAUCCAAACUUAAGACUGAAUGUGGGUGUCAAUUCACAUCAAAAUUGGAAGGAAUGUUUAAAGAUAUAACAGUCAGUAACACUAUUAUGGAUGAAUUUAAAGAUCACGUCCUUACAUCUAAUACAAAUUUACAUGGAGUGGAUAUAAGUGUAAGAGUUUUAACAACAGGCUUUUGGCCGACACAAUCCGCCACUCCAAAGUGUAGCAUGCCAGCUGCCCCAAGAGAUGCUUUUGAUGCUUUCCGACGUUUUUAUCUUGCUAAACACAGUGGUCGACAGUUGACGUUGCAACCACAAUUAGGUUCUGCGGACUUGAAUGCUGUAUUUCACGGACCACGAAGGGAAGAAAGUAGUUGCGGUGGUUUAGAUACACCAUCAUCUUCAAGUUCUAUUGGUAAUGGAAGUGGUAGUUUGUAUGGUAGUGGAAUAUCCACUAAUGGUAGUAUUUUAAGCCAACGUAGUAGCAGUUGUGGAAACACGAGGAAACACAUAAUCCAAGUAUCAACUUAUCAAAUGUGUGUCUUAAUGCUCUUCAACAAAAGAGAAAAAUUGACAUAUGAGGAAAUUCAAGGUGAAACCGAUAUUCCAGAGAGAGACUUGGUUAGAGCAUUACAAUCUCUCGCGAUGGGUAAAGCUACGCAAAGAGUGUUAUUAAAACAUCCUCGUACAAAGGAAAUAGAACCAUCGCACUAUUUUUGUGUCAAUGACAGUUUUACCAGUAAAUUACACAGAGUGAAGAUUCAAACAGUAGCUGCCAAAGGCGAAUCAGAACCUGAAAGAAGAGAAACUCGUAACAAAGUAGAUGAAGAUAGAAAGCACGAGAUAGAAGCAGCUAUCGUUCGUAUUAUGAAAGACAGGAAGCGUAUGCCUCAUAAUAUACUUGUAACAGAAGUAACAGAACAAUUAAGAGGUCGAUUUUUGCCGUCGCCUGUAAUAAUUAAAAAACGUAUUGAAGGUUUAAUCGAACGUGAAUAUUUGGCACGCACGCCAGAAGAUAGAAAGGUGUAUACAUACGUUGCUUAAUGUUCGAAUUUAAAUGUUGGAUCUGUACAAACAUUGUACUUAUACGAACAUAAUUAAGAUGAUCACGAACGAGGCAUUCCACAUCACAACUGUAUACAACUCGGACAGAUUACUGAUUCAACAUUCCAUUAAGUUAUAAUAACUAUUCACAUAAAUCAAUUCGUAUUUUAUGUUUUAGGCUUUGACAAACUUUGAUAUCAUCUCUUUAUUUUGAAUAUAGUUAUUAUAUAUAUAGUACUACGUGUUAAUUUUAAUUCUGUUAACUUAAAACUUAAAAUUUAAAGUAUAAUUUCAUCAAGAAAAAGAUCAGUAAUUUUAUAAGAUAUAUUGAAAUAAAUUGAUGUUGAUUGCCUCGAAAUUUAAGGAGAGUAGUUACACGUAUUUGAUAAUUGGCUAGUUUGGUGGAAAAGGUUGACAUAAAGAUAAUUGAAUGAAUUACAAUAUAUACUUCCAAGUAUAAAAUCAAGUUUUAUAAAUAAAUUCUGUAAAAUUCUUGAUAUCCUCUUCCCUGAGCUCAUUUCAUUAUAUUUCAGUUGUAAGUGAUUGAUUUAGCUAAAUAUAUAAAAAUACUUUCUGUAAUAGAAAAUUGUAAUUUAAAUUUAAUAGGAUUUACUUGAAUAUACAUUAUAUACACAAAUUUGUUAGUAAUAAAUGAAUAGUGAGUUACAAUCAUUAAAAUUGAUUCACCCAUUCUAUGUAUCGUGAUUCAGUAAUUUUUUAUGCUUGUAAACCUAUGAAUAUAUCUAUUAUCAAAAACAACUUACAAUAUAGCAUAAAUUUUAUUAAACCAUUAAUGUUAAAGAAUGAUUUCAUUUACAUUCGUGAUUAUCUAUUAUAUGUGUACAUAAACAAUGUGAAUGUGUAUCUAAGAAUAUAAUUGCCUCAUUUUCAGUGUUUAA